AUGUCUUUCGGCUUUGGAGGUGGAGGAUUCGGCCAGUCCAACAACCAAAGCAGUGGCUUUGGCACCGGAUCUGGAUUCGGGUCCAGCAAUACUGCCGGAGGCUUCGGCUCCGGAUCAACAACCUCCGCGUUUGGCGGUGGUAACACUAGCACUGCAGCUUCUGGUGGUGGUUUGUUCGGCAACACCUCCAGCAGCUUCGGCACCGGCGGAGGUACGUGCUCGGGAUUCGGCUCCAACACCAACAACACACAAACUCAACCUGGCUCCCUCUUUGGUGGCCAACAAAACCGUACCGGUGGCUUCGGAACCACCAAUACCCCCAGCACUGGCGGAAGUCUCUUCGGAAGCGCUGCGAACACUGGAAAUGCCGGCGGAUUCGGUGCCAGCACUGGUGGUGGAUUUGGAUCGGGAGGAUCGGGAACUACAGGCGGAUUUGGCGCCAACACCAAUAACAACACCAGCGGUGGUCUUUUCGGUGCGAACAAACCCGCCGGUGGUUUCGGUACACCCGCAGCCACUGGUGGAGGCUUCGGCUCCAACACCACGGGCGGCGCUUUUGGCAACUCGACAAACACUGGUUUUGGAGCUGGCGCGACUCCGCUAGCGGGCGGCGCAGUUGCUCCCUGCGAAGGCACCGGUUCUACCCCAUUCAACCCAUUCACAGAGAAGGACACGAGCUCCAACACCAUGAACCACUACCAGAGUGUCAGCUUCAUGCCUCCAUACAAGAACUAUUCCUUUGAGGAACUGCGAUUGGCCGAUUAUGAGCGGGGCCGGCGCUUCGGAAAUGGAAGCAACCAGGCAGGUGCAUUCGGCUCCUCCAGCUUCGGAGGCAACACGACCGGAACUGGAUUCGGUGCCCAGCAGAACACCACUGGUGGCUUUGGUGCCAGCGCCAGCACUCCUUUUGGCGCCGCUAACACAAGCGCACCAUCUACCUUCGGAUCUACCCAGACCGCCGGUGGAUUUGGCUCCACAAACAAUUCCAACCCCCUCUUCGGGGCCAACAAGCCUGCCAACUCAAUGUUCGGCGGCGGAGCGGCAACCACCCAGCCCGGCUCUCUUUUCGGUGGGAAUACGGCCACUGCUGGCACUGGCGGUGCAUUUGGAGGCAGCGCAGGAACCGGGGGUGCCUUCGGUUCCAAUACCAACACCGGUGGCGGGCUGUUCGGGGGAAAUCAACCUGCCAAACCUGCCUUUGGUGCUACUCCUGCGGCAGGUACAACUGGUGGCUUUGGCGCUGGUGGUGGAUUCGGAGCCCAGCAAAACACCACCAAUUCGAACCCCUUCGGUGGAAGUACGACUACUGGAUCCACUGGCUUUGGACAACAACCACAGACUGGCACUAGUGCCUUUGGCGGCGGCUUGGGAGCGAACCAGAACCAGACCCAGAAUAAGUCCUUGUUCGGCGGCACUGGUGGUGGCUUCGGCUCAAAUACUCAGCAGCAGGGCACCGGCGGCUCUUUGUUCGGAGGCGCUCAAACUCAGCAGCCGGCAGCUGGCGGAGGCCUUUUCGGCGGUGCUAACACCCAGCCUCAGCAGCAGGGAGGCGGAGGGCUCUUCGGAGGGAAUCAAUCCCAGCCCGCGGCUGGUGGUGGCCUGUUCGGUGGCCAGAACCAACAGCAACAGAAGCCGGGUGGUCUCUUUGGCGGCGCACCUGGCUCUACAGGUGGCGGUGCAUUUGGUGGUCUGGGUGCCUCUCAAACUCAGCAACCUGCUGGCGGCGGUUUGUUCGGUGGCCAGCAACAGCAACAGCAAAAGCCUGGUGGCCUUUUCGGCGGCUCUACCGGCGCUACUGGUGGCGGCCUCUUCGGACAGAGCAACAACACCCAACAGAAUGCCGGAUCCUCACUUUUUGGAAACCAAAGCCAGCAGCAACAGCCGGCUGGUAACAGCUUGUUCGGCGGAUCUCAGCCUGCACCACAACAAUCCCAGCCGGUUCCCGGAAGUCUGACUUCCUCCCUGCUUGGUGGCAACCCUUACGGCAGUCAGUCUAUCUUUUCUGGCUUGCCCACCCCCGAUGCUCCUUCCCCCGGUCCUCUGGCGACACCCCUCUCCUCCAGCAUGAGGCAGAAGCAGCGAGCUCCCCUUCCUUAUUCCAUCACGCCCGGUGGAGCUAACCGCCUGUCUACUCCUCCGAAGCGCCAGGGAUACGGUUUCUCCUAUUCUACCUACGGCUCGCCCUCCAGCUCCAGCAGCACCCCCUCUGGAUUCAGUAACAGCCUUCUCGGUGGCGGUGGUUGUGGUGGAAGCAGUAGUCUUCGCGGGAGCAUUGGAGGCAGCUUCGGCCGCAGCUUCAGCAAGAGUUACUCCACAAGUAACUUGCGCAAGACUUUUGAUCCUGAGUCAGACAGUGUUCUGUCGCCUGGCGCCCUGCAGUCCAGCGGUGGACGUAGCAAUGGUGGCAGCAUGAAGCGCCUUACUAUCGACCGCAGCUUGAGGACCGAUCUCUUCGCUCGCCCCGCCAGCACAUCACCAGCCCCUACCCUUACCAACGGCGAUGAUUCGACCCAUCCCGAUAAGCUCAAGAAGAAGGUCAGCUUCGACGCCAGCCCCUCUGCUGUCCAGGGCACUGAGAUCGUCCGCGUCGAGUCCAAGAGCCCGGAGCCUACUCCUCAAGCCACUCCCCAAGAACUGGGUUUCCUGCGCUCUCAACGCCGCAGCGGUAGCCUCAAUGGAAUUGACGGAAACGGCAGCGAGCGUCCUGAAAUGGAAUCAAUCAGCCGUGACCUCGCUGUGGUUCCUGAGAAUGGCGAGCCUAUUUCAGCUAAUACCUCUUCCGUGAAGCGACCCACCUUCGUCCCUGGCUCUGACCCUAAGCCUGGCGAGUAUUGGAUGAAGCCUAGUCGCGCCGAACUGAACAAAUUGAGUCGCGACCAGCUCAAGCAAGUGGUGAACUUCACUGUCGGUCGUCAGCACUGCGGCUCGGUCACCUUUAAUGGCGCCGUCGACCUGACUACAGUCGACAUGGAAAACAUUUACAGCAAAAUUGUCGAGAUUGGCGUGCGAAAAAUCACUGUUUACCCCGAUGAGACUAUCAAGCCUCCGAUGGGUAAGGGUCUGAACGUCGUCUCCACCCUUCGCAUUGAGAACUCCUGGCCUCGUGGUCGUGAUCGAAAGUCCCCGCUUCCCAUUACCAGCGGACCUCUGUUUGAUAAGCACAUUGACCGUCUUCAGAAGGUACACGAUACCGAGUUUGUCGACUACGAUACCCAGACCGGUACCUGGGUCUUCAAGGUUCCUCACUUUACUACGUAUGGUUUGGACUACGAUGAAGAUGAAGAAGGUGAGAGUCUCGACCAGAGCACCCUUGGAGCGGGUCCUGAUGACAACCGUACUCCUAAGGCUCAGCCAGACCACCCCGUCAGCUUUGAGCAAUCCGCAACCUUCUCAAUCGACGAGUCAUUCGUUGGCUCCAUGGCUGGAAUCGACGAUGAUACCUUCGACUUCAAGAAGCGCAAGCUCGUUCCCGGCUCCUUUGGUAGCCAAGCUAUGGAGAUGGAAGAUGAGGAGAUGGGUUCGGAGGGCGAGACCGAGUCUUUUUUAGAGGAAGGCUCCACGGGUUCAACUACUGAGCAUGAAGAUGAUGUCACCGAGAGCCAGCGCUCUGGCGACUCCGUAGUUGGAUCUGAUGAAGACCAGGAAAUGGACAUGGCGGGUUCCUUUCCACACCUUCAUCAUACCGUGGAGCGGGAAGACUCCCAGAGCACCGACGGUGAACUGGACACCACCCACCCAAUCAAGCACUUUGGCACACCUCCCAAGCCUCGCCUCGACCUUAGUGGUGACUGGGCGGAGCAGCUUCAGCGCACCAUCAGCCCUCGCAAACAAAACCGCGAUGCCCUACGUGAAAUCCAGGCCAAUGCCUUUGCCGACCGAACUCUCUUGAACGACGGCUCCCCAGAAGCGAAAUCGAACGGAUCUCCCAAGAAGGGGUUCACGAAUAGUAUCGACUUGAUGAACUCGCUUUUCCAGCAACCGCGCAAACAGAGCGCACCUUCGCCGUUGAAAGCUUCAAAGGUGCAGCCUAAAGGCUUCGAGUGGCCCUACAACAAACAACCCAAAACCUUCGCCGGCGAUGAGGCCCAAAUGAGCCAAAAGGACGCCGCUUUCCACGAUUCGUUCAAGCCUCGCUGGGGUCUCAUGGACUCUAUUGUCUGCGCCAAGGACGACAUGGCCGAACCGAUUUCUGGUGUCAACAACCGCUGGCAAGAGCGUUUGUCUGUCUUCAGCGAGGGCAGAGAUAUUGCGGUUUUCAAGUACCACCAGACGGGCGAGUCACAAGAGAUGCUCAAUGUGCAAAAGCAACAGUCCACCGUCGAGCGCAUUGACGGAACUCCGUUCGUUCGCCUUCCCAAGGUUGAUAUGCGCCAGUUUGCCUUUGCGCAUUCCAAAGAAGAGGAAAGAUUGGUAUGGCAGUUAGCCAACAUUCUAUUCGACGACGACAUCGAAGAUGACAUCUCUGCGGGUGUGCCAGCUCAGCUGCGACCCCAAUUCGCGCAUCGCAUCAAGAAGGACCGUUUGACUCGUCUGUGGGAAAGCAUCAUCCGUGAAAAGCACACGCAAACCCUGGAGUUGAUUCGUUCCGCUGAGGAGCGUGCUGUCCACCUCCUUUGCGCUCACCGGAUUGAGGAGGCUUGCAAGACCCUUAUCGACAGCAAUAACCUUCAUCUUGCUACCAUUGUCGCUCAGAUCGGCCGUGACGCUACCUCGCGGGCGGAAUUGACAGACCAGAUCGAGGUCUGGCGUCAGAACAACGUGCUCUCUGAAAUGAGCGAGCCUCUACGUGCCCUUUACGAGCUUGUUUCGGGCAAUGGUCUUCGCAGUGAAGGCAAGACUGGCGGUGCUCUGGAAGAUCGGGCUUCCACCUUCCUCCUCACUGAGCGCUUCGACCUGGAUUGGUUCCAAGCCUUCGGCCUCCGCCUUUGGUAUGGUACUACCGAGGAUGAGCCGAUCGAAGCUGCCGUGUCUCAAUAUUUGCACGACCUCACUCAGGGACUCGAACCUGCUUUCCCUCACCCUUCGCACGAAGACAGCUCUCACGCAACUCUCCAGCCAGGCGCCGAUACAUUAGGUCGUGAAUCGCCUCUUUGGGUGCUCCUCAAGACAUACUCAGCUGUUAAUGGCGCUACCAAUGUCCCCCCCCUGUUACCUUCCCCGCCGCAAUUUUGCCAGAGUCUCUGUCUGGCGACCGACUCAACAACCGCCUCUCCUUCCAGCUUCAUCAUCAUCAAGUCGACCGCCUGGUCUGGGACUAUGCUUCUGAGAUCAUUGCGAGUGAACAACUUUUCCCCUGCCCUUUUUGUCCUCCUGCACCUCUCUAAGGCCGAAGAUCGCAAGCGGGCUGUGCAAGACACCCUCGCUCGCUUCGGCGCUUCUCUCCCUGAUCCUACCAUCUCUGACGGUACCACUCCUGACCCAACCUGGCAGCAUCUCACAAACGAGCUCCAGCUUCCCGAGCCCUGGAUCUGGGUUGCAAAGGCCUUGCACGCACGUGCCAGCGGUGAUGCUAUCCGCGAGGUAGAUGCAUUGAUCCGUGGCAAGCACUGGAACGACGCCCACGCUACCUUCUGCCGCGUUGUCGGACCUACAGCGGUCAUCUCCCGUGACUACGCGACCCUCGAACAGCUGGUCACCGGCUUCGGCGAUGGACCGGAGCGCAAGAUGCGCGGCUGGUCUUCCGGCGGUGGCAUUUACGAAGACUUCCUUCGCCUCGCAACCGCGACUCGGGGCCGCAGAGAUCCAACCCGGCUAAGUCGACUGGUGAAUGCCCUCGUGGCAAUGGGCGACCGUGUCCGCAGCGGCUCAGGCAUAGACGGCUUAGAAGAGCGCGUUGCUUUCAAGGAGAUGAGCCGAGCUGUAGCUGGCUGGAUUACGCAUGAAGAUGUCCACUCGGUCGAAGCCUCGAAAAUUCUUGGGUUGCCCCUUACUGGUGACGCCCGUGUUCUUCAAACAGUUGAGAUGAGUCGUCGGUAUUACGGCGUUGUUAUGGCUGGUGGUUUUUAG